GUGCAGUAUACAAUCGGUAUUGUACCGAAUGCACACGGUGAAAUCAAUUAAUUUCAGAACGUCUUAUCUUGAUAAAAUUUCUUUACUGCAAUCUGUAACAGCUAUCCACUGUAGGACUGCCACUAUCGGUAGAAUCGUCAGUGUUCGUGGUCUACAACCCUCGAAUUAAAAAAAAAAUACAUCAUCCGAAGUUUGAAAUUUCAUUUACUGGCAUAUUAUUUCAUUUUUUUUUUUAUAGCAUAUUUUUCCACUAUAAAUCGUCUAAUUGUAACGUUUGACCGUAUACAAUCUGAGGAAGUGUUUUUAUAGUCAAGUGUCGUACGGUUGAAAAUAGUAUACUAAAAAAAAACAACGAUGGAACAAGCUCCGAAACAACUUUUACUUUCUCGCGGCAGCAGUUCCAAUUUCUUCGGAAUGUCAGAAGACGCUUUCGUAGUGGCGCCCACUAGAAAACACACGGCAACCAUCAUUUUCAUGCACGGUCUCGGCGAAACUGGCGAGAAAUGGUCGAAGAUACUGUCGAAACUAACGAAACCCAACGUCAAAGUGAUUUGCCCAAACGCGAAAAAGUUACCGUUGACGUUAAACAAGGGUUUCCCGACCGCAGCCUGGUUCGACAUUCACCAUCUGGACGAACACACGCCCGAAGACGAAUCGAGCAUCUUGCGUGCAAUGGACAACCUCCAUGGAAUCAUCGACCAGGAGCUGUCUACUAGCAGGGUGCCUGCUAGCAAAGUCAUCAUAGGAGGGUUCUCUCAGGGCGGCGCUUUGGCUGUGUACUCUGCCCUUAACUACCCAAAACGCUUUGGCGGAAUCUUCAUCAUGUCCAGUUGGAUCCCCAUGAACAAAACUUUUCCCGACGCGGCUUCUAGUAACGAAAACACUCCAACAUUGCACUGUCACGGGACGGACGACCCGGUCAUUCCUUUCAGAUGGGGACAGAUAACAUCUGACGUUAUGUCCGACCUGAACCCUAAGUACGUGUUCAAUGUCUACGAAGGAUUAAAGCACGAAGUCAACGAAAAAGAGCUUCAAGAUAUCAAGACUUUCAUUGACAAAAUUCUACCAUAGAGAAUCCAUCCAUCAAUGCAUUUAUAGAGUAAUACGUUUUGCAAACAUUAUGUAAACUUCCGUAUGUGUUAAACAAUUAAAUUUAUUAUUAUUAUUAUUAUUAUUGAUUAAUAUCUGAGACGACUACUACUAAGUAUUAGGUAUACGAAUAUUAAAGAAUAAUAUGCUAUAUUUAUAAUACAUGUGAGUACUUAAAAUAAAUAUACUGUUUAAAAUUCGACCAUUAUA